GGUAGUAAGGCGACCCGUUCAUGGUAAAGACGAAGCUUGUGGUCUGGGCAUGCUACCCUUGACCCCACCGUUUUGGGCCAUCUGCCGCCCACUCUACCCCAUACAGCGGUUCAUCCGCGUAGAGGGCCACACAAUUCCCUAGACGCAUUUAACCGGUCCGCUAGAACGCAGCUCUAGAGCCAAGAGCCUAUGCGAGCAUAGUACCUCGCAGGCUGGGAGGCAUAUAUAUGAAGCACCAACAUGUUCAAUCUAUCCAGGCUCAGCUGCAAUCAGCCCAACCCGACAAGUCAAGAGCUUAUAUACCCUGCUGCUCAGGACAGUGUACGGUUGUGCGUUUCAAGACCAACCUACACACACUCCUUCGUUGUUUCGAUUCUACAAGCAGUCUCCGGACUAAGAGUUGGAUAUCAUGGGUCUUUACCAGAAGUUCACACCCAAGAUGGGUGCCGUUGCGAAGAGCAGGGCCGAUGUCGAAGCCGCGCAGGCUGAGGCACCUCAUCUGAAGCAGGUCAACUGGAGGUCCGAUGCUGGUCUUCGCAAGCUCUACUUCUACGCCUUCUUCAUCUGUAUCGCUUCUGCGACUACCGGUUACGAUGGUUCCAUGUUGAACAACCUGCGUAUCCUACCCCGAUGGACCGACUACUUCAACGAUCCGAAGGGAGACACUCUUGGUCUCUUGACUGCUCUUUAUUCUAUCGGUUCGAUCGCUUCGCUUCCUGUCGCUCCCUUUGUUGCCGAUCGUUUCGGACGUCGAGCAUGCAUUACUUUUGGGUGUGUUAUCAUGAUCGUUGCAGCUUGCAUUCAGGCCGCUGCUAAGAACCUCGACUACUUCAUGGGCGGACGUUUCCUCAUGGGUUUUGGAAACUCAUUGGCUCAGCUGUCUUCUCCUCUACUUCUCACCGAACUUUGCCACCCUCAACAUCGUGCUCGUGUCACUGCGGUCUACAAUUGCUUGUGGAACGUUGGUGCCAUCGUUUGCACCUGGUUGACUUUUGGUACCAAGCGCAUCGACAGUGACUGGUGCUGGCGCGUUCCCGCUCUUACUCAGGCUGCACCUUCCGUCAUUCAGCUGGCCGCCAUCUGGUUUAUCCCCGAGUCUCCGCGUUGGUUGAUCGCCAAGGAGAGGAACGAGGAGGCCCUUGCAAUCCUUGCCAAGUACCACGCAAACGGUGAUGCCAACAACGCUACAGUUCAGUUCGAAUACGCCGAGAUCAAAGAGACCCUCCGCCUCGAGUUCCAGUACCAGAAAACUUCCAGCUACCUUGAUUUCUUCAAGACCAAGGGUAACCGGUACAGACUUAUGCUUCUCGCAUCGCUUGGUCUCUUCUCUCAGUGGUCCGGCAACGGUCUUGUCUCCUACUACGCUACCGAUGUUUACAACUCCAUUGGUAUCACAGACCCCGACACCCAGCUUGGCAUCAAUGGUGGACUUACUAUCCUCUCUCUCAUCGUCUCAGUCUCUUGUGCUCUACUCGUUGAUCGCGUUGGUCGUCGCCCGCUCUUCAUCUCCGCUACCGCAGCCAUGUGCGUCACCUUCAUCGUCUGGACGAUUGCUUCGUCGCAGCAAGAGGCUACUAAGAGCAAGGCCGCUGGUCAGGCUGUCAUUGCCAUGAUCUGGAUCUUCUCUGUUGCUUACGCGUUGGCUUGGUCUGGUCUGCUUGUCGCCUACACAGUUGAGAUCUUGCCCUUCAAGAUCCGUGCGAAGGGUCUGAUGAUUAUGAACUUGUUCAUCCAAGUUGCUCUGACUAUCAACCAAUACGUCAACCCCUUGGGAUUCGACCAUCUUCACCCCACUUGGAAGCUCUACACUAUCUACGCUUGCUGGAUCUUCCUCGAACUCGUCUUCGUCACUGUCUUCUACGUCGAGACCCGUGGUCCCACUCUUGAAGAGGUCGCCAAGAUCUUCGAUGGUGAUGAGGCUGAGGUUGCUCACGUCGACAUUGAGGUGGUGGAGAAGAACGUCAUGACUUCUGGUUACGAGAAGGACGACAACGUCCACGUUGAGCAAGUUCGCUCAUCUUCUUAGAUGUUUUGAUCACUUGUGUCUAAAUAACUAGUGCGUCUUGUUUGGGGAGUGAGAGUGGUAGUGGGUUGAUUUGCGAUACC